GGGUGCAGGCUGUGAGCUCUCAUGGCUCAGCCUGCACACAGGAGGAGCUGUGCUGACACGUCAGAAUAGAAGAGACACUUGUAAACACAGCUCUUCACUGGCCAGGAAAGAGGAAGGCGCUUCAAACUUCACACAGGGCGGCUGCUGGAGCCCGGCUUCUGGUUGCAUAAUGGAAUGAUCAAGCUGAUCCUUUAACAUGGGCUUUUUGUAGCUAACAUCUCGCAUGUAAAUUGAAUAAACCUUCCACUAGAAGGCCUCACGAAAGAUCCAUAUGAAGGCAUUGUAAGCAAUGGACCACAAGAUAAGCUGCCCCAAUGUAUGCAUUCCAAGCUCUGAUGAGCACCGAGAAAAUAGGAAGAGAUAUACUGUUUACAAAGUAAUAGUGUCCAUAGGACGGAAUGAAUGGUUUGUGUUUAGGCGAUAUGCAGAAUUUGAUAAGCUAUAUAACACGCUUAGAAAACAAUUUCCUGCUAUCAACCUGAAGAUUCCUGCAAAGAGGAUUUUUGGGGACAAUUUUGAUCCAGAGUUUAUUCAACAACGGAGAGCAGGUCUGAAUGAAUUUAUUCAGAAUUUACUCCAACGUCAAGAAUUAUGCAGCCACCCCGACGUCCAGGCAUUCCUAAAACUGGACUGCACCAGACACCAAUCUGAUCCUUCUGAGGACGAAGAUGAAAGGGCAGAUCAGAAGAAUGGAUCACCCUCACAAAAUGUCAAUCUUGGGCCCUCUGGAAAUCCUCAUGGAAAACCCUCAGACUUUGAAUACCUCAAACUGAUUGGUAAAGGGAGCUUUGGAAAGGUUGUUCUUACAAGAGGGAAACAUGAUGGCCGCUAUUAUGCAGUGAAGGUGUUACAGAAGAAAGUUAUUCUCAACAAGAAAGAGCAAAAACACAUCAUGGCAGAGAGAAAUGUUCUUCUGAAAAAUGUAAAGCACCCAUUCUUGGUUCAUCUUCAUUACUCGUUCCAGACAUCAGACAAGCUGUUUUUUGUCUUGGAUUUUAUCAAUGGAGGAGAGCUUUUCUUUCACCUACAAAGAGAACGAUAUUUUGCUGAACCAAGAGCCCGUUUUUAUGCUGCUGAAAUUGCCAGUGCGUUGGGUUACCUACACUCCAUUCAGAUCAUAUACAGGGACCUCAAGCCAGAAAAUAUUCUUCUAGACUCUGAGGGUCAUAUUGUUUUAACUGAUUUUGGGCUUUGCAAAGAAGGAAUUUCAAAUUCUGACAAAACUCUCACCUUCUGCGGCACUCCAGAGUAUUUAGCACCAGAGGUAAUAAAGAAGCAGCCGUAUGACAACACUGUAGAUUGGUGGUGUCUUGGUUCUGUCCUUUUUGAAAUGCUCCAUGGCUUGCCUCCCUUUUACAGCCGUGACAUAGCAACCAUGUAUGAAAAUAUCCUCCACAAACCCCUGGUCACAAGAGCAGACAUUAGUUUGACGGCGUCAUCCAUUUUAGAAGAGCUGCUUGAAAAAGACCCAAAACAAAGGCUUGGAUCCAAUAAUGACUUUGAAGAAAUUAAAUACCACCCAUUCUUCACAUGUAUAAACUGGAAUGAUCUUGCUGAAAAGAAGAUCCCUCCACCAUAUGACCCUCAUGUGGAUGGACCGGAUGAUAUAUCAAACUUUGACACAGAAUUUACAAAUGCUAUGGUUCCUGAUUCUGUCUGUAUAUCUGCAGACUACUCCAUUGUUAACGCCAGUGUUGAAGAAGCAGAUGACGCCUUCGUUGGCUUCUCCUAUGCUCCUCCCUCUGAUGACUUUUCCUUUUAGGAACUGGACUUGUUAUAGUAUGUGAGCACACAGAAGAGGCAUUCUUACAGGUUAUCUAGCCAGCAUAAAAGUGUACCUGUUGCUUAUCCUCAUAC